AACUCGGGAAUUUUCUAGUGUCACAUGUCCCAGGCUGGAAGGGGUGGAUUUCAGUGCUUCUGAUGCAACCCCCUUUGUUGUUUUCUGCAGUUCUUACUAACAGUCCGUUCGGAGCAGCUGUCCGUUAGUCGAUAAUCUUUGCAACCAGUUUCUGAAGGUCUAAAUAUCAGAAGUUCUUCUCCCUCCUGUCUUUCACAAUGGGUGACAUUAGCAAACUUGAGACUCAAGAACUGCUCACUUGUCUUCACGUACAACUUUUCCACCCGAAUCAAGCCAACCGUCCGCUCUUCCACAACCUGCCCUUGAACGAACCAUACGAAAUGGACGCUGAAGAUCCACUCAGGCUUGGCCGUGAUGGAGAAACCUGCCUAUUUGUGCUAAAUGACACCACUGUCUCCAGAAAACAGCUCUCAGUACAGGCGUACAGAAAACCCAACAGCUCUAUCUUGAGCUUCACCAUCCAGAACUUGAGCCAGAAAGUCAAUCUGAUGGUCGGCGGCUCUGAACUGAAACACCUUGAACGAGCUGAGCUUAAUGACAAAGUGCUCCUCCGUUUCGGACGAUACGAGCUGCUGAUUUGGCAGGAACCUGGAGAUUCAAAGAAUAAAUUUGAAAUCCUGUUUGAAACAUGCAAUACUUCCCCUUCACAGGAAAUGGGUAUCGGUGUGCCAUGCAGGCAGCCUGUGAUGGACUCCGGCUUGCCUUGGAGAAACAGUGAGAAUGGAGGACCUACAAGCCAAGAGCCUCUGGAGUCUGAUGAGACGAUUUUCGUGGUAUAGAUACAAUGCUUUUUCAAAGAUUACACUAAUGUGUUUUAAGAGGAAAUACAGCUUCAGUCUUUGAAUUUCACAAUUUCAAGUUUAGUGUUACCAGCCAUUUCCAUGCAGUUAUUUGUGGCAUUACAAUGAGUUACACUCCAAUUUAAUUUUGAGUGUAUAUUGGGGCUUGCUCUGCACGGCAGCAGUUGACCACUCUAUAAAUUGUAUAUUAUUAUAAUUAUUAUUAUCCUUGAUGUUAUUACUGUAUUAUUAAAUAGUCAGAGGCUACUAAAAUGCUGCUUUAGCUUGUGUUGCAAGAGACAUUACAAACAUUGUUAUCAUUUCCACUGGAAUGCAGCAUGUUUGUGCAUACGGUAUCAUUGUUUUCCUUCAUUUGCACAGAUAUUUUAAGUUGUACUUUAUUUUAUUGUAUAUUCGUUAUGCAUUUGCUCACAACAAGCAUUGUGUUUUCUCUCCAUUAUUGUUCAAUGCAUCUGUGAGACUAUUAUAUAUUUUGAUUUGUUUUGUAUUUAUUGUUACAUUGUGCAACGUGAAUCAGUCUCUUAAAAAAUGUGAAAUACCAUGAUUGAAGCAUUAUUCAUAUAUCUUGCAUUAUAUCAUAUAUAUAAUAAACUUUUUUACACAUAUUUUA